CUUAUAAUUAGAGUAAUACAUACUGGACACUUUGAGAGUCAGACCAAGGUUUAUCUGGUCGCUUGGCAGCUAGCGGAGGAUCUCUGGCUGUUCGACUCAUUUACAAUUCGACAAACUGCUGUGCUAACGUAGCCUUUGCGGUAGUCGUGUGGCAAACACUGAACACAUGAUGCAGCGGGAAUCCCUAACCGUUCCGAAUGAAUGAAGUCCAGUCACUAUCGACUAUUGAGUCCGGGCGCUGCAUACGGGUCCGGUUGAAGAAGACCAGAUGUCCCACACUAGUGGUCGCCUGUUGCAGUGUUGGUUGACAGCAUUAUUGUAGUACAUGUAGCUGUAGACUCUGUGUAGUGGUGGCGGACUGGUAUGUGUGACCAUGACUGGCAUGAGCCCUUUGAUCAAGGAAUAAUCCGGUAGUCGGUCCAGGCACCAUCCUGUAGGCUGUACUGGGAGGUCAGCCUCGUGGAUGCUAGCUAUCCACUGUCAUUUGACUUUGAAGACUUAGCAGCUGCUUCUCGUCAAACUCGUCCAUCUGGAGAUCCGGAUCAUACCCAACUCCAGGCACUCUCCAUGCAAGUCAGCUGGCAGUGAGGCAGACCAGGUAGUCAAAACGUUACUCAGCAGCAGGUGUGUGCAUCACUCCCAACUAUAGCCACCACAUCACCAUACCGUGGUGGCAGACAGUGCUGGCUGGGUUUCUUCUCUUCAGUGUCUGUUGAGUAUUUUACCCGCUGUGCUACGCCAGGGACCAGUGUCGUGAUGACGUCCGCCAGGAUCGGUGAUAUUGGUGUUGGCCUGUUCAUUCUGAUCGUGGCCUGGACGGCAGUGAUACUGAUGGCUGUCUUCACCAAGCUCAUGGAGAGAUGGAAGAACUAUGCCUGGCUAGCAGCAGGUCUCACACUAGUGCUCACUGUUAUUCUGGUGGCUCUGCCCAUUGCACCGCAGAGCACCGCUUCACAACAAGCAGAAAAGGACUAUGUGUUCGUCGGCAGAACUCUGUUGCUUAUAAGCAUGGGUCUUAGUUUAGUCAUAGCGGCCGGAGCCAUUCUUUCGGAGUUUGUCGCCCAGCCAAUAUCCCCGUUGCAGCUGAGCAAGAUUCGGGAAUCCAGGAAGCACGACGCAAGGCAUAAUGUCAGAUGAUAAACUGUGCUCUGUGCUUGUAAGCGGUCUUCACAUCAUUUACAUGACAUUGUACCUGGAAAGUUGUCCUUCUCAGCAGAGGUAAAAAUGGCAGAAUGUCAAGCAAAUUAUGCACCAGAUCAUAAUCACAGUCACCGAUAAUUCACUCAAAAACAAACACAGUUUAUUGAUGAAGAUUUUUUGUUGAUAGUUUCACCACGGAUAAUUGUGGUCCUUGCCAACACAGGCUCAUAUUAUAUAUUCCUUGACUGUUGAGUAACUAUAUCAGUAAGUGUACAUUUUGUAUAUAUAUUAUUUAAUAUAGUGGAUUUGCCCAAUUUAUAAUGCUAGCCUUGAGGAGAUACAUGUAGGUUUGAGCUGGCACGUGCAGAAAAUUGGUUUGUGCACUUACAGCGCUUUCACCUGAGAUCAUAGUUGCCUCUUCCGAGUGUUUCAAAUCCAUGUAAUAUUAUUAGUUUUUUUAUUACCUACAGUAUGUAUGUAUGUAUAACUCAUAAUCACAAGGUGAUCGUAGAGGCAUUAAUCAGCGAGAGAAUUGUGAAUGAAGUACAACUACAGUAUAAGAGCUUAUUUACUCUCUAAUAUCAGAUUAUGAGCUGCCUUGACCGUUCACUCUUUCUA